AAUGCCACGUGUACACACUGCGCAUGCCCGACAGUUUCUACGCUGAUCCUGCUGGGUGAUCCCAACUUCCGGCGAAAGAGGAGAAGCGUCUCACAGUUACUGACGAGGCCUCACCCGUAGCUCGUCCAACGGGGUUUCGAUUUCAGGAGCCAUGGCCCUGUGAUCGCCAGCAAGUUAGCUCGUCAACUUUUUUGUUUUAAAUAAAAGAAAGUAAUAAACGUCGCUGUUAACGACGCUUUGACUGAACGCCACACCGACAGAGCCACAGGUUUGACCGUCACCCCCGCGACUGCCAGCUAGUUAGCUAGCUAAAGACGCAGCUAGCUAUUUAGCCAACCCAGCACCUCUAAAUUAGCUCCUGGUGUCCGUUUCAAGAUGUCAACUGCGGGGUUCAACUCUCAGAAUGGGACUGGGUCGGGACAGGCAUAUGCGAACGGUCCAUCACAGAAUCCAGUUGCCUUACAGCAGCUGCCAGGGGUCAGCUAUGGCAUGACCCACCAACCAAUCUACAAUCCAAUGCAGUCCAAAGCUCCCGUACACCCUGGCCCUGGACUUUACCCCUCUGGCGCAUAUCAGCCUGCUCCCCCAGUCAGCUCCUACCAGCCUGGUCCACCACCAACUUCCUACCAAGCUCCCCCAGGUCAGCCAUUGCUGACCAGGUCUCCAAUGGGUAUUCCUCCAUCACAAACCCCUCCUCAGUCUGCCAGCCCUGGUCCCAGGCUGUCCCAUGCACAGGCCACACCGCCUCCUUCUGCAGCAUCCUCUAGUAGCUACUAUCCAAACCCCCAGCAGCUGCAGCCCAUGGCUCCAUCAUGGCAGUACAACACAGCUCCCCCACCAAUGGGGCCACCCAAUUCCACAAGCACGCCUCCCCGCGGCCCUGUGGCAAAUCAUGUGAACCCAACUUCAAGUUCAACAGUGCCACCGCCACCACUGUCAUCAGCAGCAUACAGCUCAGGCCCCGGGAUGCCCCCUACCAGUCUGCAAGGAUACAACCAGCCAGGCAUGGCAUCUCCACCAAUGAAUCCCAUGGCUUCCCACACAUACCAUCCAAGCAGACCUGCCUAUGGGCCCCCAACUUCAGGACCCCCACCCUCAGGACCCCCACCCACAGGACCCCCACCCACAGGCCCCCCACCCACAGGCCCACCACCAUCUAUAAGACCCACACCACUUCCCACUGGACCCCCAGUGGCCAAUGCCACACCUCCUCCACCCAAAGCUGAUGGAGCUAUGGCCGGCAAUGGUCCCCAAUCAUCAAACAGCUAUAAUCAUGCUGACAACAAAAUGGCUGGUCCUCCCCAGCACGGACCACCUGGUCGGCACUUGGGCCACUACCCCUCCCUCCCCCCUGGGUACCAGAACACAGCGGCUCCACACAAAUCCACCUCCCCCAUGCACCCUGCGAUGCAAAGCGCCACACAGCCUUACACUCAAACACCUCAGCCAUACCAGCAGCCACCUGGUGGCCCAGGGCCGGCCCAACUGAGCCCGUCCUUGGCGGCCAUGAGCCUCCAGUCCAGUACCCCAGAGGCACUAAGAGUUGUCAACCUGCUGCAGGAGAGGAACUUGCUACCACCAAGCCCGACCCCUGCCCCGACACCCUGCCUUCCCCAGGACCUGCAGAAGAUUAACUGCAACCCAGAGGUUUUCCGUUCUACGCUGACCAGCAUCCCUCAGACACAGUCAUUGCUCAAUAAAGCCAAGAUGCCGCUGGGCCUCCUGCUCCACCCAUUCAAAGACCUCACGCAACUUCCUGUGGUGACUUCCAGCACCAUCGUCAGAUGUCGGUCCUGCAGAACGUACAUUAACCCAUUUGUUUCCUUCCUGGACCAGAGGAGGUGGAAGUGCAACCUAUGCUAUCGGGUCAAUGAUGUUCCAGAAGAGUUUAUGUACAACCCAGUCAGCAGAUCGUAUGGAGAACCUCACAAAAGACCCGAGGUCCAGAACGCCACUAUUGAGUUCAUUGCUCCUUCAGAGUAUAUGCUGAGGCCACCACAGCCUGCUGUUUACCUCUUUGUUCUGGACGUAUCCCACAAUGCAGUGGAGACAGGCUACCUGAAUGUGUUCUGUCAGUCGCUGCUGGACAACAUCAACACGCUUCCUGGAGACUCGCGGACAAAGGUAGGCUUCAUCACCUUCGACAGCACCAUCCACUUCUACAAUCUUCAGGAGGGACUUUCUCAGCCUCAGAUGCUCAUUGUGUCUGACAUUGAAGAUAUCUUUUUACCAACACCAGACAGCCUUCUAGUAAACCUCAAUGAAUGCAAAGAACUUGUGCAGGAUCUGCUGAGGAGUCUGCCAAAUUUAUUUCAAAAGACUAUGGAGACUCAAUCUGCCCUGGGAUCAGCUCUGCAAGCAGCCUUCAAGCUGCUGUCGCCCACUGGAGGGCGUAUGUCUGUCUUCCAGACACAACUGCCAAACCUGGGUGUGGGGGCGCUUCAGUCCAGAGAGGACCCCAACCAGCGAGCGUCUGCCAAGGACAUCCAGCAUCUAUCUCCAGCGACAGACUUCUACAAGAAGCUGGCUCUGGACUGCUCUGGUCAGCAGGUGGCUGUUGACCUGUUCCUGCUCAGCGCUCAGUACUGUGAUCUGGCUUCACUUGGCUGUAUUUCGAGAUACUCAUCAGGGAGCGUUUAUUAUUACCCGUCAUACCACCACCAGCACAACCCUGCUCAGGUGGAGUGCUUCCAGAAGGAUCUGAAGAGAUACUUAACCAGGAAGAUCGGCUUUGAGGCCGUCAUGAGGAUACGCUGCACUAAAGGUCUGUCCAUCCACACGUUCCACGGAAACUUCUUUGUGCGCUCCACAGAUCUGUUGUCCCUCCCUAACGUGAACCCAGACGCUGGCUUUGCUGUUCAAAUGUCCAUCGAGGAAAAUCUGGACGACAUGCAGGCUGUCUCUUUUCAGGCCGCCCUGCUUUACACCUCCAGCAAAGGAGAAAGGAGGAUUCGUGUCCACACCUUGUGUCUCCCUGUGGUCAACUCUCUUUCAGAUAUCUUUUCUGGGGCAGAUGUUCAGGCCAUCACUGGGCUGCUAGCUUGCAUGGCUGUGGAUCGUUCAGUGGCGGCCAGUCUGAGUGACGCCAGAGAUGCGAUGACCAACGCUGCUAUUGACUCGCUGUCGUCAUACCGACAGUCUGUGUUGACCAUCCAGCAGCCCGGCCUACUGGCCCCGGCCUGCCUCAGACUCUUCCCCCUUUUCGUCCUCGCCCUGCUCAAACAGAAAGCCUUCAGGACGGGCACCAGCACCAGACUGGAUGACCGAGUGUUUGCCAUGUGUCAGCUGAAGUACCAGCCACUGGUCUACACCUUGCUGAUGAUACAUCCUGCUCUGUACCGCAUCGACGACCUGACCGAUGAGGGAGCUUUGAACAUCAACGAGCGGACAAUCCCUCAGCCCAGAGUGCAGCAGCUGUCUGUGGAGAAGCUCAGCAGGGAUGGAGCUUUCCUCAUGGACGCUGGAUUAGUCAUUUAUCUGUGGAUCGGACGAAACUGCCAUCCCAACUUCCUCUCACAAGUCCUGGGAGUUCCCAGCUAUGCUGCCGUGCCUGAAAACUUGUAUAUGCUCCCAGAGCUGGACACUGCCGAGUCGCAGAGAACCAGGGCUUUCGUUGGCUGGCUGAGGGAUCAGAGGCCGUUCUUCCCCUCUUUGCAUGUCAUCAGGGACGAGAGCCAGCUGAAAGCCAGCUUUAUGCAGAACAUGAUCGAGGACCGAACAGAGUCCGCCCUGUCGUACUACGAGUUCCUGCUCCACCUCCAACAGCAAAUCUCCAAAUAAUCUUCAGUGGGACUGUGGAAAUGAAGGAACGCUGAAGCAAGGAUGCCCAUCAGUGUAUGUGUGUGCGUAUAUAUGUAUAUGAUGUGUGUGUGUGUGUGUGUGUGUGUGUGGCUGACUCAAGGAUGCCUCUUGCUCCAUUUCCAGCUGUGAUCCACCAUCUCCGAGGAAAAACCUGCGCUGAACUGAUGUGAAGUGUCACUCAAAUCAAACAAUGUGGCAGACAAUGCAAAGACAGUCUGACAAGGAAUCAUGUUUGAUGCUUUUUUGGAACUUUUUACCCAGCUGAAGCGAUGCAUCGGAAGAAAAAUCAGCAAGAAAUCCACACCGACGAUAAUAAGUUUGUUUGUCAGUGAUCGAAAGGUUCAGUGUUUAUUCUCAUAGAACAUUGCUGUCUGACUAAGGUAGUGCUUGGAUAGUUGCAGGAAAGCGAGGGUGUCAUGUGUUUUUGUUCCAAGAGCACACUCGUCUUUACCAAAUCAAAUCAAACGUAUGUAUGUUCGUAUGCGUGUCUGCUUCAGGUUUCUAAGGAGGGUUUGUGUGUCUGCGCUUGAAGACUGUUAUUGGGUGUCACCUGGAGUAUUUGCAUACAGAACACCUGAGCUCUAACAACACUCUGAUAUCAUACCUAAAAGACAGAAGGUGUGCUUUUUUAUUUCUCAGUCAUUUUAAGUGUGUGUGUCGAACAAACCCAUAGACACUGUCGGUAACAGGCUGAAGUGUGUGGAGGCGGAUGGAGCUCUCUGUCACCGCUGCCUUGAAUGUGUGGACUCAGCAGUGAAAAGUAAUUUCAUUGGUCUGAUCUGACAUCUUCUCCCUCUCUGGACAGGCAGAACACCUCUGAUGACAUCGUUGUUCUAUUUGUUUAUUUCUUUUUUUCCGAUUGUUUAAUUUAUGAGACUCCCAAUCUGAUUAAAUUCUAUAAUUGCCUUGUAUGGGAACUCACUUUUAUUAUAGAACCUCUGUUUAAAUACAGACUCUACAUAUAAAAUAUUUUAAUAUAAUAGGAUAUGGGAAAUUCUUUAACACAGACAUAACAAAGCCAUUGUUUUAACCAUGCUUAUUGAUACUUGUAUAUGAAGAGACUGCAUUAUAUGAAAGUGACAAAAUGCGGAUGAUUUUAGAUAAAUAUCAAGGUGACAUGACGCUAAGAAAAUAAAAUGUUUGGCACUUUUUAAAUGUAGUUUGUGUGUUGGUGGCUUAACAGUGUUUAUUCAGUGGAAAUGAAGACGAAAAACCACAAUAUGGACCAAUAUUGUCAAUAUUUCUCUAGACUGGGGUUGAACAGAAGGUUUUUGAUUUGGUCUGAUUUCAUACACGGUUUGUAAUCUAUGUAUUAUAUAAGCAGAAAUGUAUUUAGGAGCAAACAUAUGUUUUGGUCUUCAUGCACAAAAUUGUCUUUCAUAAAAAACUGAUCAAAAUAAAACUAUAGCCUGUGUUUGUACAGAGUAAAUCACA